GUUUGUGCCGGUCACAGCCUACUCGGGUGCAUGAUGUGUGUUUCCCUUUCGCCGUCGACUAGACUAAGUCUUGGUGAGGCACUGCUGUAGCCCGAAAUGCAACGAUCUUAUUUUACAAAACUCUUGGGCUCGACAGGGUGAAACCGCACGUGUCGCGGGAAAGAAAGUCUGCCCAGGCCUACACUAGAACUUCACAUAACAGCAGUGUCGAUCCAUUUCGUACUACAGUACUGACCUGGCCCCGCAAGCGUGAGCGCUACACCAUAAAUCGCACACGUUCUCAUUAGUGCCAGACCGGCACUAAUGAGGGAUCGGCUAGUCCUCAAUAGUGCCGUUUUGGCAUUAUUCGCAAUAGUGCCGGGUGCCCGGUUUAGUGCCGGGGACGGACUAUCGUCGCUUUGGGUGUUCGGAGGGCAAGGAGCAGCGACGUCAAAGGCGGACUCAUCUCGCACCCAUCAGGGCGUCAAGAUCAGGACCCUCGCCAGGCGUACUUGUUUCAACGACUUUUUCGAGUUCGACACGAAAAGGGUCCUUGGCAACGACAGCGCCAGCGGCCAUAGACGGGCUGACUCCGAGAGCGUGGGCCAUGGAAAUAGUACCCCCCGCUCCCCCGGAAGAAUCACUCCGAGAAAGUGGCGAGGGGAGGGUGAGGGGGGCAGGAGAGGGGCGGGGGGAGGAGGGGAUUCCUCCGGCGGAGGCGGCGGCGGCGACAGGGAGAGCGGGGACGGCGGCAUGGGAAGGGCAUUCGGGGAGUCGAGGGAGAUGUUCGUCAUUGGCGGGGCCGGCACGGACCCCAUUCGACCUCCCGCCGCCUUUGUCGUCGCCCCUCGUGCCACCUCCGCGGGAAACCUGCGGAUGGCGGCGCAACCUUGCCUGUAUACUUCGGUUCUUCCAAAAACCCGAUCCUCUCCGAACCCCCCGUACGUCCGCUACGCGACCAAGAACAUGGAGGUGGUGUACCCGCAGCUCUGGAUCUUCGACUUCAACCGGCGAACCUGGACGUGCGUGGAGGCGGCAGGCGGGGGAGGAGCGUCAGGAGGGGGUAUAUCGAAAGGAAACAUCCCCUCCGCCGCGGCGGGGCCUGGCCCGCCGGCUGUGUUCGACCACACCGCGACCCUGGCGGGCGGGACGCACAUUGUGGUCAUCGGAGGCGUUAUGGUCGGCAGGGCGCUAAACGGCCAGGUGUACAUGCUUGCCCUAGACACGCUGCAGUGGUCCAUCCUAGAGCCCCACCCGCUAGGCUUCUCGGCCCCCGCUAUCCACGGACACACGGCUGUCGAAGACCCUGCCCACGCCGGAAGAUUGAUCAUUUUUGGCGGGCGAGGUGGGAAAAAUUGGAACACUCAGGGCGGGAAUGGAAAGGUCCUGACUUGCCAAUUCCGGAAGAACCUUUGGAGCAUGGCGGUGUGCGAUAUGGGGGAGCCCCCUCCCGAUGAGCUGAACGCCAACCAAAGCAGCACGUCCAAAGGCAAAAGGAGCAGUGCCAGUCCCCUCCGAGUGACCAUCCUGGACAACCCGGUGAUCGGGAAAACGCAACCAUCACGCGGCGGCAGCGACGAACCAAUAGCCGCGCCGGCUACGCCGUCGCCCAACAACACGGACGACGAAAGGCCCCAAAACGAGCCACGCAGAGAGCCUGGGCAGCAGCCAAAGGUGAAGAACCCCCCCCCCUCCUCUAGCCUUGCCGGCAUUUUGGCGUCCGGCGGAUUGAAGGGCAACGCCAACAACAACAACAACAACAACAACAACAACAACGCCGAAGCCGUUAAGGCGGCGACCGAGCAUUCGGCGGCGGCGAUGGUUGCGAUGAUGCCUCACCAGCGGCACGGGCACACGUGCUUCGUGUGGGACCCUCGCCAGGCCGCGCUCGCGUGCAACGGCGGCGGCGCAGAAGCAGGCGAUGGAGGGGACGGGGACGGGGCAAGGGGUUCGCCCUUGUCCCCUAUGCGCGGAGACCAAAACAAGGGCAACCGCGACGGCUCCGGCGGCAGCGGUCGCUCCAACUGCGGGGCGGGCGGAGGCGCAAGUAGAAAGUCAUCCCCCAAGCGGCCUCGGGGCGGCGAAAACAACAACACAACGCCACUACCAUCGUCUCGAAAGGGGGUAGGAGGAGGAGGUGGUGGUGGCAGAUCCCGAAAUAGAAGAACGCCUAUGCCUUCUUCUCCCACGGACGAGAGCCUCCCCCACCCCUGCAUCGUGACUUUCGGGGGCUCCGCGCUCCGGACGGGGGGGGGCUACGCGCGGGCAGCGCUGCACGUCCUGGAAACCCCCGCGCCGGAGGACGGCGGGCGGGGCAACGACGACAACGAUAGCGACAAGGACGGGGGAGGAAGGAAAGGUUCAUCCCCAUCGACGGGCAUCCUGGCGUCUUUGGAGUCGGCCGCCGGCGCCCCGAAGCAGACGUUCAACAAAUUCCAGUCGUUCACAAACUCGGUGCUUCUCAAGGUGCACUCCUUGCGGCAGCUCGGAAACGAACAGCUUUCCUUCGGGGAUUCGUACAACCCCGAUGAUUUGAGCUACAUCGACUUGAAAGUCCAAUCGGUCGUGCUAGGAGUGGGCGGCCGAACGUUAGAGGCUGACGGCUCCGACGAAGAUCGCAACUCCACGACAGCUGAAGGGAGUAGGGCAAUAAAGAGAGCCAAUGUCAAACCUCCACACCCCUGCGCCGGACGGCUGGGCUCUUAUCAAAGCAUUUUCUCCGACAGCAAGACGAGAGUGACACAGCCAUCAGUGUGUAACACCACGAGAGCGGGGGGCUUUUGGUCCGGGUUCCCGCAGGUGAAGGCUUUUAUCGCCGACGCCCGGCCACCCAAUGCCAGAAUAAGGCCGGUGUCUGCGCCGGCACACCUCGUCGAGCCCGGCGGCGGCGGCGGCGGCGGCGGCGGCGGCGGCGGCGGCGGCGGGGUCUUGGACAAGGGUCGGAAGGCGGCGGGGGGGCGGCGGUGGAAAGAGCACGACAGUAAGAGGCGGCCUGGAACCGCCGGCGCGGCGCUAGGAAGCGGUGCGCGGCGUGGUGAUCAUCAUCACGAGCGUUCGUCCCUCCCACCAAUGAUGCCGAGCACGCACGCCGCGUCCGAUUCGUCUCGCCUGGCGCGGCCAAACUCUCGGAUCGCCACCGCCAGCGGCGGGCGCCACCUUCACCAUCAACGCGGCGGCGGCGGCGGCUGCAGCAGCAACAGCAGCACCGCAGGAGGAGGCGUCGGUGAUAACAACCACGCGUCGACCGGCGAAGGGAGCGCCUCACUCGGAGGAACAACAGCCCGGGGGCUUGGAGGCUCCCUCACCCUCGGCGGAUGGGGCGGCGGUACCCCUACCCUGUUUUAUCACCGAUCUGUUCCUGGCGGUGCCCCUGGCGGAAGGGCGGGCGGCGGCGGCGGCGGCGCGGGGAAUCUCGGCAGGGUGCCAAUGCUAGGGAGCAGGCCCCUCCUCGUGCCGAAACCGACGAUGGCCGCGCACAACGGGCGCUUGCUGAUGGAGCACGAGUGGGCGGACGCUGUUUUUUUCAAAUGA